AUCCAAUUCUCUCUGAAUACUCACCAACUCACUCAUAUUUAUCCGCAUCUUUUUUUCGACUGAACUUUUUUCCCUCUUCUUCUUCUUCUCCUUCUUCGCCUUUUUCAAUCAUCUUCUUCUUCGUCUUCUUGUUGUUGAAACAUUUUCUUGUUUCGUUGAUUCAGUGAGUGAACAAAAUUGAACAGCCAAACGUACAAAAGCAAAGGGAAGACACAAAUUGAAAGGGAAAACAAAAAAGUUUUUACUUUUGUUUGUUGGUUAAAAAACACUUUUGUCCAAAGCAGUGUUUGUGUGUUGAAUGUUUGCCACUUGAAUGAUACACUUGGCCCUUUAAAAGUUCAGUCAAGUUAUGGUGUUAUAGUGAAGUGUUGUCCAUUCCAAGGCUAUGGAAAGUGCCAAAAUUGUUUAUAAUGUUGCUAUCAUUUUUUUAUUCCUUUCAUCAUGGAAUUAUUUUUCCAACUCAGCUCAAUCAAUUCCAACAACUGUUAAAAUAGGUGCAUUGUUUACCAAAGAAGAAAAAGAUAGUCAAACUGAAUUAGCAUUUAAAUAUGCUGUUUACCGAGUCAAUAAAGAUCCAAAUAUACUGCCCAAUACAACUCUAGUCUACGAUAUUCAAUACGUACCACAUGAUGACAGCUUUCAUGCCUCCAAGAAAGCUUGUUUCCAGGUCACUUCGGGUGUCAUUUCAAUAUUUGGUCCUCAAGACCCUCUCCUUGGAAUCCACGUACAAUCGCUUUGUGAUGCUCUCGACAUACCUCACAUGGAAGCGCGUCUUCAAAACUUGGGUGAAGCCGGUCACAGCAAAGAGUUUUCAAUCAACCUUCAUCCCGGUUCGGCCGCAAUGAGUGACUCCCUUCGAGACCUGAUAAUAUACCUCAACUGGACGAAAGUAGCUGUGCUCUACGAGGAUGACAUGUCACUAAUUGGAUUACAAGAACUCAUUAAGCCACCUUUACCUAAAAAUGUGCAAUUUGUUUUUCGCAAAACGGAACCCCAAAUAUUCCGUGAAACUCUUCUCGAUAUCAAAAAUCGCAACAUUUACUCACUGAUUGUGGACACAAAACCGGAAAGCCUUCCAUAUUUAUUAACUGCGAUUCUUCAAGUUCAAAUGAAUGAUUACAAAUAUCAUUAUCAUUUUACAACUUUUGAUGUUGAAAUUUAUGAUUUGGAAAAUUUUAAAUAUAAUUUUGUAAAUAUGACUGCCUAUCGAUUAAUUGACUCAAGCAACACACGAAUUGGAACAAUCUUGGAAGAGAUUGAAAAAAUUCAAGCGGUUGGACAACCAAUACUCAACCGAACCAAAGUUAUCCAAGCUGCUCCUGCCUUAAUGUACGAUUCCGUCUAUGCUCUUGCAAUGGGCUUACAUUCAUUACAACUAAGCAAUCCAUCCAUACAAUUACGAACAUCAAAUGCUUCAUGUGAAACUGAAAAUCCAUGGAUUGAUGGAUCCAGUCUAUUCAACUACAUCAACUCGGUUGAAUAUCGUGGUUUAACGGGCAGAAUCAAGUUCACUGAAGGAGUUAGAGCAAGUGUUAAAAUGGACUUGCUAAAGCUGCGUCAACAUGAUCUAGACAAGGUUGGUGAAUGGACCAACACUGGCGGACUAAAUAUAACCAAUGCUGAAGCUUUUCACGAGUUUGGUACGACAAAUAUAACCCUUCGAGUGACCACAAUUGAGGAAAUACCUUAUUUGAUGAGAAAAAAGGAUUCCAAUUUAACUGGUAAUGAUCGUUACGAAGGAUUUUGCAUUGAUUUAUUACAAUCAAUUGCUGAAGCUCUUGACUUUCAUUAUGAACUUCAUCUGGUUCCUGAUGGUAAAUUUGGAGCUCAAGAUACAACCACCAAGGAAUGGAAUGGAUUGGUUAGAGAACUCAUGGAUAAGAAAGCUGAUUUAGCUGUGGCUCCAAUGACAAUCACUUAUACUCGUGAAUCUGUCAUUGACUUUACUAAGCCUUUUAUGAAUCUUGGCAUUGGAAUUUUGUUUAAAAUUCCGUCCAACAUGCCGACUCGAUUGUUCUCCUUCAUGAGUCCUUUGGCUGUUGAUAUAUGGCUCUAUGUUUUAGCUGCUUACAUUUUGGUCUCUUCAACGUUGUUUAUUGUUGCCCGUUUCAGUCCCUACGAGUGGACCAAUCCACAUCCCUGUGCCCGUGACUCUGAUGUCAUUGAGAACCAGUUUAGCCUUGCAGACAGCUUCUGGUUCACUGUUGUUACCCUUAUGAAACAAGGUUGUGACCUUAAUCCAAGAGCUGUUUCAACCCGAAUUAUUGGUGCCAUUUGGUGGUUUUUUACGCUCAUUUUGAUAUCUUCUUAUACGGCCAAUUUAGCUGCCUUUCUUACCGUUGAACGAAUGGUGACCCCAAUUGAGUCUGUAGAAGAUCUUGCUUCUCAACAAAAGAUUGCCUAUGGAACACUCGAAGGUGGAUCAACCAUGACAUUUUUCAGGGACUCCAAAAUCCCGACUUAUCAGAAAAUGUGGCGUUACAUGGAAAACAAUCCUCACGUUUUUGUGAAAAGUUACUCAGAGGGAGUUGAACGAGUUUUACAAGGAAAUUACGCUUUUCUCAUGGAAUCCACAAUGUUGGAUUAUAAAGUCCAACGAGAUUGCAAUCUAACUCAAGUCGGAGGUCUUUUAGACUCAAAGGGCUACGGAAUAGCAACACCAAUGGGUUCUCCUUGGAGAGACAGAAUUUCCUUGGCAAUAUUAGACCUUCAGGAGAAGGGAAUUAUUCAAAUGUUGUAUGAUAAAUGGUGGAAAAGUCCAGGGUUGACUUGUAUUCGAGAUGAGAUGAAAAACAAAGAUGGUAAAGCAAGUGCCCUUGGCUUAGAUAAUAUUGGAGGUGUUUUCGUUGUUCUCCUUUUCGGCCUUGCAUUAGCCUUAAUUACUGCUGUGGGGGAAUUUUUUUGGAACUCAAGGAAGAAUACCAAAGCUACCAGGCAAUCAUUUUGCUCUGAAAUGGCUGAAGAAUUGCGUUUUGCUGUCAAAUGUCGAGCUUCCCGUCAAAGGCCAGUUCUGAAGCGUCAAUGUUCAAACUGUUUUGUUGCCCCAACUUACGUGCCUAAUGGUUCAGAGCAGCCAAUUCAUGAGAAUGGGAUUCUUCAUGGUUUAUAUGAUCUAAACAAAUCAACUUCCCUGGAAUAUCAUGAGACUUGAGAAACUUGGAGAUUAAGAAAUGUAAAGAAAUGAAAGAAGACUGAAGAAGGAAUAAAAUUUUUCUAUAAAACAAAUGUAUAUAUUUAUAUUCUUAUUCAUGGAAAGUUAGAGGAGAAAAUAAUUCCAAUAAAAAAGGGUUAAAUUGAAUAAGAAAUGUUUUAUUUGCUCAGUUAUCAUAGUGAUCUUUUCAUUUUUUCAUCUUCUUCUUCAUCUUCUUUCUUUCUCCAUGAUAAAAACUUGGAUCCAGGGGAAAGGAAAGGCUUUGCUAUUGAUAAAUGAACCAAAAAAUGCUGUUACUAUAAAUAUAAAGAAAAUAAAACAUGACAAUUAUUGAUAAACCGA